AUGAACGCCGACUUGUUGACGGCGGCCGCACUAGCCAAGGCAUGGCCUGACCCAACGAAGCGAAUCGAGUACAUCGAUGGGGAAGCUGAGUGGUUCCGUCGGGCAUUGUCAGACAUCUGUGACACGGCAAUGCCCCGUUCGCGACCUCAAUACAGACAAUCCGUUUACUGGUGGACAUCGGAGAUAGAAACUGCGCGAAACUCCUGCAUAAAAGCACAGAGUCAAUUCCAGCGUUCCCGCAGAAUGAGAAAUCGUGACAUUAUAAACGAAGAACUACUAUACAGGAGAUACAGAGAGGCUGUGAGCAAUCUACAACAGCUAAUCAAAGAUGCCAAAACUCGAGCCUGGGACGAACUUACUGAAACCCUCAAUCAUGACCUCUGGGGGCGCCCAUAUCGAAUCGUCUUAGGGAAGUUGCUUACCAAAACUCCACCGGUCACCGAGGCUUUAAACCCGGACGUACUGGAACGAGCACUGGAUGUCUUAUUCCCUGCCUGCGAGGACGAGCCAAGUCCAGCCAGACCAGUACGGAACGAUCUACCUGUUCCAGCGGUAACAGAAGAACUCGACCGAGCAAUCUCCAGGAUGGUCAGAAAGAACACCGCUCCAAGACCGCACGGAAUCCCAGGCAGAGCCCUGGCUUUGGCACUUCGACAGAGCAAGGAGGGUUGUGCUCAACGACAGAGCAAGGAGGGUGUUUAA